AUGGACAAAAAAAAAGACAUGUUAAAUGUUAUAAAGGAUAAGUAUGACCUUCCUUUAGGGACGGAAAAUUGGACAUUAUGCUCAAUAGCAAAAAAAUGGAGAAAUUGGAAGUCUGAACUAAAAAGAAAGUACUAUGAUCCUGAGUUGUCAAUUCAAAUUCUUUUACAACAAAGAGAUGAAAGAGCUCAAGUAGAACAAUAUAUGCGACUAGUUGCUUUUUGGAACACAGAAAAAUCAAAGGAAAGAAGUGAAAAGAAUAAAAAUGCAAGAAAGCAAAGGAUAAUGAAUCAAACCACGGGAAGGACAUCUUUUUCUCAAGUGCAACAAACAUUGGAAAAAGAAAAGGGACAUCCUCCAACACGAGUUGAAUUAUUUCAUGCAUGUUUUACGCAUGCUAAUGGAACUCCCUCAAGUAAUAUUGUAAAAGAAAGAUUGGCUGCAAUGAAAGAACUAGAAAAUCAACUUCCUGAAGAUUACAAUGAUCAAGUGAGCCUGAAUGAUAUAUUUGCUCAAAUCAUGGGGCCAGAUAGACCUGGUCGAGUACGUAUGCUUGGUGAUGGAAUUAGCCCAUCUGAUUUAUGGGGAGUAGUUCCUAGUCGUGGCACAUGCAAUCGACUAGUUAUGGAACAGAAUGCAAAGUUAGAACAGAUGGAUGAACAAAUCAAAAAGCAAGGUCAACAUAUUACAAUGUUAGAAACAAAGAUUUCUGAACAAUCAAGCACAAAUCCUCUUUCAAAUUGUAAUAAUAGUCAACACACUUCAUCAAGUAGCAAUCCACAAGAUUGGAAGUUCUGUCUUGAUCAAAAGUUUAUUUGA